AUGAAGUGCGCUGCGCGGAGGAAGCUCCACGACUCUUCACCGCCUUUCGGCCUCUUCUCUCUGCCGGAGAGCCGACGCAUGCAUCUAGCUUUCGACUGCGCUUCGCCUCUUCUUCUGAGGUCUUCUCCGGGACUCUCACUCCUGUCUUCGUGUCCGCGUCCUUCUUUUCUAUCGCCCCUCUAUCUCCCGACGCGUCACGCUCCCGCUUCUCGCCCCUAUUCUCCCGUGUCGCUGCGCGCGUCCCUCACCGCUUGCCGUGGUCGUUCGUUUUCUUCUUCUUUUUCCUUCACUGCUUCUUCUUCUCCUUUGCAGUCUUCCGCCGCUGCGCCAUCUUCUUCCUUUUCUUCUCUCUCAGGCGGCAAACAGCUUCCAAGCUUGUCAGCCGCGCGCAGAGGAGAGAGCGCGCGAAACUGUGAGGCUGCGGCAGCGGAGGACAGCGGCGCGACAGAUUCUUACCGAGCGAAUAAAGGCGCAGCAGCCCAGAGACACACGACGUAUUCCGCAAUGGCGGCUGAACAUACUGCUGGAGAAAUGGAGACAGGGCCUUCUCUGGUGUUGGAGCCCGAAGAGAAGCGUCUCUUUGAUAUGCUCGUCCAGUGUGUAGAGGACCUUAAACUCAAUAUAGUGCUGCGGGCUGCGGGCGGCUGGGUUCGUGACAAGCUAAUGAAUCGGCGCUGCGACGACAUCGAUAUCGCGAUCGACAAAUGCACCGGCGUCGAGUUCGCCACGCAGCUGAACAAUUGGCUGCGGGCGCAGGGCUUGCCGACGCAUGCGAUAGGCGUCGUGGCUUCAAAUCCGGAUCAGUCAAAGCACCUCGAGACGGCGACGUGCCGUCUGUGUCGCCACCAGGUGGACUUCGUGCAUCUGCGGACGGAGGCAUACUCUGAACACUCGCGUAUUCCGGAGAGCGUGGACUUUGGCACGCCGGAGGAAGACGCUCUGCGCCGCGACUUUACGCUCAACGCGCUUUUCUACAACCUGCACACGCAGCGCGUGGAGAACUUCACGCGCACAGGCUUGGAGGACCUGCGGCGCCGCGUGCUGCGGACGCCGCUGGAAAACGCGAAAGUAACGCUUCUCGACGACCCUCUGCGCGUCCUCCGCGGCGUGCGACUCGCCGCUCUCCUCCGCCUCGAGCUCCACGACGAGGUUGUGGCUGGCGCGCAGACCAAGGCCGUUCGUGAGGGCCUGCGGAAGAAAGUCUCCCGCGAGCGCCUCGGCAUCGAGUUGAAGAAAAUGCUUUCUGGCGGCGCUGGUCCCCUCGAAGACGAUGCCGAAAGCGGCGAGCACAGCGAGCAGGAUCACGCGGCGCAGAGCGGAGUGCGCGGGGGGGAAAAAGAGCUCUUGCGGUCAUCCAAGAAGCGGCGGAAAAGCGGCGGAAGCCGCGACGAUGAGGGCGAAGAGGCCGCAGCCACGCUGAGGCCCGAGGAGGGCGCCGGCGAGCCGGGCGGAGCCGGAGAGGAGGAGGCACGCGGCGGGGCCGAGGGCGCGGAGGCGCGAGAGCAGAACGAGCAGGAGAGACGAAAGGAACAGAGGCAAAUCGCUCAAGUUGCGGCAGCGGCCUCGAGAGGUUUUCUCCUCCUCACGAAGCUCCGAGUCGUCGAGAGUGUUUUUUCGCUCCCCGAUCAGAUUCUCGCGGCCAGCGGCGAAAACGACGGCGCCACGCGCGCGAACGGGAAACGCCAAGAGGCGACCGCGCAGACGCAGAAGCAGAAUGCGAAGCAACACACUCUCAUUCCCUCGCAGGAAGACCCUGCUCUGAAGGGCUGGCGGCAGGACGGACUUCGCUGCAUCGUCGCUCUCGCCGCCCUCCUCGCGGCCGCAGCUGGUGCGUCGUCGCCGCUGACUUCAGUCGCGGCGCAGGUGGCGCGGGGAAUCUUUUCGCCGGCAUCCGACGGAGAGGAGACGGCGCAAGAGAAGAACCGAGUCAACGGGGGGAGUGAGAAUGGCAGGAACGGGGAGAAGAAAGCCUCAGCUCCCCCCGUCGCGGAGUGGCGCGACUCGCUGCGUGCUCUGAGUCUCGCGGCGUUCCUCUAUCCGCUCGCCGAGCGCACGUGUCUGAACGAGAAGAGCAAACCCGAAGACCUUAUCCUGCACAUGACAGUCUCGCGGCUGAAGCUGGCGAAGCGCGACGGCGCGCGGGCUGUGGAUCUGAAUCGCGGCGCGCGUCUGUUCCUGCAGUUCUCGGGAGGCCAGCGAACUGCGGCCGCGGAGCAGGAAGGCGACGCCGAGGCGGUGAGAGACCAAAGAGUGCAGCUGGGGCUCCUCGUCAGAGACGCUGGAGGCGAUCUGUGGCCGCAGGCGCUUCUGCUUGCGGUCGCAAUUGACCAAGCCCGCAAAACGCGGCGUUUCGUUUCUCGCGUGGAGCAUGCGGACGAAGACGAGGAUGCGCGGGAAGAAAGGGAGAGCUCCGAGGCCGUGGAGAGGGCACAGCAGCCGAUUGAUCCCGCAGACGUUGAACGCUUCGUCGCGCUCAAGAAGCAGAUCGAGAGCCUCGGCGUUGCAACCGCACAUCGUCUGCCUCCCCUCUGCGACGGUCACAAGGUGAAGCAGCUGCUGAAGAAUCUCCCGAAGGGACCUGUGUUCAAGGAAGUCCUCGAUGACCAAGUCAGAUGGCAGCUCGCCAACCCAACAGGAACGGCGGAAGAGUGCGAGGCUUACCUCUUAACCAAGUACAGCGCCUACGUUUGA